AGCUCGCGGGAGCUCGGCCCGGCAGUCCGGCCCCGCGUGGGCGGAAACAUCUCCGCCCCUUCACCCGAAGGGGCGGGCCUUCCGCCCCCGGCCUCGGCGCAAUGCGGAAGAGCUGGGCCUGCUGGAGAGGAAGUGACGCUUCCGGAGGCUGUAGCGGCGGCGGCUGCGGGAGAAGGAGGAGGAGGAGUCGGAGGAAGAGGGCUACCUCUGAAGAAAGGAGAAUGGCAUUUAGCAAAGGAUUUCGAAUCUACCACAAAUUGGAUCCCCCACCGUUCAGCCUCAUAGUGGAAACUAGGCACAAGGAAGAAUGUCUCAUGUUCGAGUCUGGGGCUGUGGCUGUUCUCUCAUCUGCAGAAAAGGAGGCAAUUAAAGGUACAUAUACCAAAGUACUGGAUGCAUAUGGACUCUUGGGAGUUUUACGAUUAAAUCUUGGUGAUACCAUGCUGCAUUAUCUGGUCCUGGUCACUGGGUGCAUGUCUGUUGGGAAAAUCCAAGAAUCUGAGGUUUUCCGAGUUACUUCCACUGAGUUUAUAUCACUUCGAGUCGAUGCUUCAGAUGAGGAUCGCAUUUCAGAAGUACGCAAAGUUUUGAACUCCGGAAACUUCUAUUUUGCGUGGUCUGCCUCUGGAGUCAGCUUAGACCUGAGUCUGAAUGCACAUCGCAGCAUGCAGGAGCACACCACUGACAAUAGGUUUUUCUGGAAUCAGUCUUUGCAUCUGCACCUCAAGCACUAUGGUGUGAAUUGUGAUGACUGGUUAUUACGCCUCAUGUGUGGAGGAGUAGAAAUUAGGACAAUUUAUGCUGCCCAUAAACAGGCAAAGGCUUGCCUUAUCUCAAGACUCAGCUGUGAGCGAGCUGGGACACGGUUUAAUGUCCGGGGAACAAAUGAUGAUGGUCACGUUGCCAAUUUUGUAGAAACAGAGCAGGUUAUAUACUUAGAUGACUGUGUUUCUUCCUUCAUACAAAUUCGAGGAUCUGUUCCAUUGUUCUGGGAACAACCAGGGUUGCAAGUGGGAUCCCAUCGUGUUCGUAUGUCAAGAGGAUUUGAAGCCAAUGCACCUGCUUUUGACAGGCAUUUCCGAACACUUAAGGAUUUAUAUGGCAAGCAAAUAGUAGUAAAUUUGCUUGGGUCAAAGGAAGGUGAGCAUAUGCUGAGUAAGGCUUUCCAGAGUCAUUUGAAAGCCUCUGAACAUGCUUCUGAUAUCCACAUGGUGUCUUUUGACUAUCAUCAAAUGGUUAAAGGAGGAAAGGCAGAAAAAUUACACAGUGUUCUCAAACCACAAGUCCAGAAGUUUCUAGAUUAUGGAUUCUUUUAUUUUGAUGGCAAUGAAGUUCAAAGGUGCCAGAGCGGAACAGUUCGAACAAACUGCUUGGAUUGUCUGGACAGAACGAAUAGUGUGCAGGCAUUCCUUGGCUUAGAGAUGCUAACUAAACAACUGGACGCUCUGGGCUUGGCUGAAAAGCCUCAGUUGGUGACUCGAUUUCAAGAAGUUUUCCGGUCCAUGUGGUCUGUGAAUGGAGAUUCAAUCAGUAAAAUAUAUGCAGGCACUGGAGCCCUUGAAGGGAAGGCCAAGUUAAAAGAUGGUGCUCGCUCUGUCACCAGAACCAUCCAGAAUAAUUUCUUCGACAGCUCCAAGCAAGAAGCCAUUGAUGUUUUGCUCCUGGGAAAUACUCUAAACAGUGAUUUAGCUGACAAAGCCCGAGCACUUCUAACUACUGGAAGUUUGCGUGUUUCUGAACAGACAUUACAGUCAGCAUCUUCCAAAGUCUUAAAGAACAUGUGUGAGAACUUCUACAAAUACUCAAAACCCAAGAAGAUUCGAGUGUGUGUUGGGACCUGGAAUGUGAACGGUGGGAAGCAGUUCCGCAGCAUAGCAUUUAAGAACCAGACGCUCACGGACUGGCUUCUGGAUGCUCCCAAGUUAGCUGGCAUCCAGGAGUUUCAAGAUAAAAGAAGUAAGCCAACUGAUAUAUUUGCAAUUGGCUUUGAAGAAAUGGUGGAGCUGAAUGCUGGGAACAUUGUGAAUGCAAGCACAACAAACCAGAAGCUGUGGGCCGUGGAGCUGCAGAAGACCAUCUCCAGAGACAACAAGUAUGUUCUGCUGGCCUCAGAGCAGUUGGUGGGUGUCUGCCUGUUUGUUUUCAUCAGACCACAGCACGCUCCCUUUAUCAGGGAUGUUGCAGUUGACACUGUGAAGACUGGGAUGGGAGGUGCAACCGGGAACAAGGGAGCAGUUGCAAUUCGAAUGCUCUUCCACACCACCAGCCUUUGCUUUGUCUGCAGCCACUUUGCUGCAGGGCAGUCACAAGUCAAAGAGAGAAAUGAAGACUUUGUAGAAAUAGCACGAAAAUUGAGUUUUCCCAUGGGUAGGAUGCUGUUUUCCCAUGACUAUGUAUUUUGGUGUGGUGAUUUCAACUAUCGAAUUGAUCUUCCUAAUGAAGAAGUUAAAGAGCUCAUAAGACAGCAGAAUUGGGACUCUCUUAUAGCUGGAGAUCAGCUCAUCAAUCAGAAAAAUGCAGGACAGAUUUUUAGAGGAUUUUUAGAGGGAAAAGUAACAUUUGCUCCAACCUAUAAAUAUGACUUGUUUUCUGAAGACUAUGAUACCAGUGAGAAAUGCCGUACCCCCGCAUGGACGGAUCGUGUCCUCUGGAGAAGGAGGAAGUGGCCUUUUGACAGAUCAGCUGAAGAUUUAGAUCUUCUGAAUGCUAGUUUCCAAGAUGAAAGCAAAAUCCUUUAUACGUGGACCCCUGGCACCUUGCUGCACUACGGGAGAGCCGAGCUGAAGACUUCUGACCAUAGGCCUGUCGUUGCCCUCAUUGAUAUAGAUAUCUUUGAAGUUGAAGCUGAAGAGAGACAAAACAUCUAUAAAGAAGUCAUUGCCGUCCAGGGCCCACCAGACGGCACAGUGCUGGUCUCAAUCAGAAGCUCUGCACAAGACAAGACCUUCUUUGAUGACACUCUGAUUGAUGAGCUUCUGCAGCAGUUUGCACACUUUGGCGAAGUUAUACUCAUAAGAUUCGUAGAAGAUAAAAUGUGGGUUACAUUUUUGGAGGGAAGCUCUGCCUUGAAUGCCCUGAGCCUAAACGGUAAAGAGCUAUUAAAUCGGACUAUAACAAUUACUUUAAAAAGUCCAGACUGGAUCAAAAAUUUGGAAGAAGAGAUGAGUUUAGAGAAAAUCAGUGUCACAUUGCCUUCGUCAACGAGCUCUACCCUGCUGGGUGAAGACGCAGAGGUCGCAGCAGAUUUUGACAUGGAAGGUGAUGUCGAUGACUAUAGUGCUGAAGUCGAGGAGCUUCUUCCUCAGCAUCUGCAGCCGUCCUCAAGCUCCGGCCUGGGCACCUCUCCCAGCUCUUCACCCCGGACCAGUCCCUGCCAAUCUCCCACAGUACCAGAGUACUCUGCCCCUUCUCUUCCCAUCAGACCCAGCCGAGCACCAUCAAGAACUCCAGGGCCUCCAAGUUCACAGAGUUCUCCAGUUGACGCUCAGCCAGCAGCCCAGAAGGAUUCUUCCCAGACUCCAGAGCCUAAGAGGCCACCCCCUCCCCGUCCAGUUGCUCCUCCAGCACGUCCUGCCCCACCUCAGAGACCACCUCCUCCUUCAGGGGCUAGGAGUCCUGCACCUGCUAGAAAAGAAUUUGGAGGUGUUGGAGCCCCUCCCAGCCCUGGGGUAGCUAGGAGAGAGAUGGAAGCACCCAAAAGCCCGGGAACAACACGGAAAGAUGCUAUAGGGCGUAAUCAGCCGUCCCCUCAAGCAGGACUUGCAGGCCCAGGACCUGCUGGGUAUAGUACAGCCAGACCGACAGUUCCAGCUCGUGCUGGAGUGAUCAGCGCCCCUCAGAGCCAGGCUCGGGCAUCUGCGGGAAGGCUGACUCCUGAAAGCCAAAGCAAGCCCCCAGAAGCAUCAAAAGGUUGCGCUGUCCUUCCAGAACCACUGAAGCCUCAGGCUGCAUUUCCUCUGCAGCCUUCUCUGCCCCCACCUGCUCAAAAGUUGCAGGAGCCUCUUGUCCCCACGGCUGCACCUUUGCCCACCUCUGGCCCCCAGCCGAACUUGGAAACCCCACCACAGCCUCCACCUCGGAGCAGGUCUUCUCAGAGCUUGCCUUCUGACUCCUCACCACAGCUGCAAGUAAAAACAAAUGGAGUUUCUGGUGUCAAACAAGAGCCAGCGUUGAAGAAUGACCCAUUUGAAGAUCUCUCACUUAGUCUGCUUGCUGUAUCAAAGGCUCAAAUGUCACCUGUUCCAACCCCAGACCCAAAGAUGUUGAUUCAGUUGCCGUCUGCAUCGCAAAAUAAAGUUGACUCUUUGAGUUCUGUAAGUUGCAUGCCAACCAUGCCUCCAGUUCCAUCACGAAGCAAGUCACAGGAGAGGGUGGGGAGUUCUGCAAACCCGUUUUCCAGCCUGCCCAGCAGGAACCCUUUUACAGACAGGACUGCUGCCCCUGGAAACCCAUUUAGAGCUCUGUCUCAAGAAUCAGAGGCAAUUUCGUGGCUAUCCAAAGCAGAGCCUGUUCCUCACAGUCCUUUCCCUCCUCUCAUGCCUCUCAGCCAUGACACGAGCAAGCCUUCAAAUUCCCUUGAUGGUUUUGAGGACAAUUUUGAUCUUCAGAGCCAGUCUACAGUAAAAACAAGCAACCCCAAAGGAUGGGUAACCUUUGAUGAAGACGACGGCGACAACUUUCCUACAACAAGAAAGUCAAAGUCAGUUUGCCCAGACUUGCUGGGCAAUGCAAAAGCUUCAUUUGAUGAUGACUGGAAUAAAGGUACAAGCGUUUCCUUCUGUGUGUUGCCAGCCAGAAGACCACCACCUCCUCCUCCUGUCCCUCUGCUCCCACCCAGCACGAGCUCAUCUUCAGAACCUUGCACGACCCUGGCAUCUAAGGCAUCGCCCACAUUGGACUUGACAGAAAGAUAGUUCCAUGGUGGGAAGGGAGGUUCUUCUGGGUCGGUUGGAUGUUUCUGUUUUGUCAGGGUAGAGCCAAGAGACUGGGCAUUAGUUCUUCAUUAUGUGCAAUAAAUAAUCAUUAAGUGCACUGAGAGCUAUAUCAAAUACAUUAGAGGAUGUGAACAAAGCUGGAGUUUAUGUAUAUCGGAAGUAACAAAGACAUCCUCUUAUUGAUUGGAGUUCUGGUCUUUCUCUUCAGAUGAGUAGAAGAGAGCAGGAGCCAUUUUUUCAAGUGCUUAAAACUACUUUAGAAAAUAUUCAGAAAUUCCCAUCAAAGUCACAUAAAGCCCACACAGCUGUAGCUGACAUUCCUGCCAGCCCAUUGUGCUGUUGGCAUUUGGUAUUCAUGGAUACUUACCAAAGAGCUUCCAGAGUUACGGCGAUACAGUUCCGAAAGGCAUUGCUUUAGCAAAAAAGUCUAUGUGUGCAUACAUUAUAUGUGUAUGUCUAUAUACACGC